UAAAUAGCUGUCGUAUUCCUCAAUGGGAUCGCCAGUUUAGUUUCAUCUACACGUCGCAAUAUUCACGAUGAAUCUCGUAGCCAUUCAAGUUUUCUGUCUCUGUUCUCUCACGGUGUUUGUCAGCUCGACAACUUUCAAGCCUUUCAAAGGAACUGGCCACCCAAACGUUUCCAUCGUCGGUGGAUCCCCAGCGCGUGCCGGCGAAUUUCCUUACAUGGCCCGUUUAUUUUCAGAAAGUGCUAUGGGAGAGAAUGGUCUAUUAUGUGGCGGAACCUUAAUCGGACCUAACCACGUUUUGACAGCAGCUCACUGCACUGCCCCCAUUGGAAAUGAAUUGUAUUUAAAUACGCUGUCGAUCGACGGUGGUGGACCUCGAUCUGUCACUCGAUCAGUGAAAAAAUUCAUUAAACAUCAAAACUAUACCCGAGACCGAAGAAGCAAAUAUAGAAGACACAACGACAUUGCUAUUAUUGUCCUAAAUGCGACAGUUCUAUCCAUUGCUCCGGUUAACCUAGUGCCGAGGUCAAGUAUCCAACUCUCUUUCGCGAACAAGUCAGCUGUCGUUGCUGGAUGGGGAGCCACUGGCUCUAGCGAGGAUGAAUCGCCGGUACUACUUAAAACUACCAUCAAAAUUCGUGAAAAUAAGAAUUGUACCACUUAUUAUGCAUCCGGAAACCCGGCCUAUUUCAACGGUUCUAUAAUGUUGUGUGCCGCCGACGAUGCUGGCAAAAAGGAUGCCUGCCCAGGUGACAGUGGCGGGCCGAUUCUCGUUAACGGAUUUCAAGUUGGAAUCACUUCCUUCGGAAUAGGUUGCGCAAGCGACCCUGGUGUGUACACACGCAUAACCGCCUACCUAGACUGGAUUGCUUCUACUAUCAAAAGCAACCCAAAGUAAAAUGUUGAUGGCAGUUUGGGGUCAGUCUAUGAACACCAGACCAAGACAAACCAGAGGAUCUGUUUGAAUUUUUUGUUUGAAUCUAAUUUUCUUCUUUAUCUUUUUCAUUGCACCUGACAGUAAACAACUACCCUAUAGUAUAGACAUCACAAUUUGUUUUAAGACAUUAUAUCAAACUAAAUGGGAAAUGGGGCACUUCAAUACACUAGAUACCAAUAACGAUAA